UCACAUGCUGUGUUUCUUUUUUUUUUCAACGCCGAUUGUUGGAGAAAGUGUGUUACAGCUUGAAUAAAUCAUGGAUGUGGGAUCUUAAUGGCGUCGAGGUUUUAACAAGAUAACAGUCAAUGGAUUGUAUUUAAUAGGAAGAAGAAAUCAGCAACCGAGGGACAGUGUUAAAGACUGAAGAAGAUCUUCCGGGUGUGGCAGAGUUUUCUCGGCUUUGGGAUUGUUUACAGCAGGCUCCGUCACUGACAGGGAAGAUGUCGAGCACAGCCAUGAAGAAAAAGGUGUUGUUGAUGGGAAAGAGUGGUUCAGGAAAGACCAGCAUGAGAUCAAUCAUCUUCGCCAACUACAUUGCCAGGGACACUCGCCGCCUGGGAGCCACGAUUGAUGUGGAACACUCCCAUGUGCGCUUUCUGGGCAAUCUGGUACUAAACUUGUGGGACUGUGGAGGGCAGGAUACCUUCAUGGAGAACUACUUCACCAGUCAGAGGGAUAAUAUCUUCAGAAACGUGGAGGUGCUGAUCUAUGUGUUCGAUGUGGAGAGCCGCGAGUUGGAGAAGGACAUGCAUUACUACCAGUCGUGUUUGGAAGCCAUCCUUCAGAAUUCCCCGGAUGCUAAAGUCUUCUGCUUAGUGCACAAAAUGGACCUGGUUCAGGAAGACCAGCGAGACCUGAUCUUUAAAGAACGUGAGGAAGACCUGAAGAGACUUUCACGCCCGCUGUUAUGCACCUGCUUCAGAACCUCCAUUUGGGACGAGACGCUUUAUAAGGCAUGGUCCAGCAUUGUUUAUCAGCUAAUCCCAAACGUGCAGCAGCUCGAAUCCAACUUGCGCAACUUUGCCCAGAUCAUCGAGGCAGACGAGGUCCUGCUUUUUGAAAGAGCCACCUUUCUGGUGAUCUCUCACUAUCAGUGUAAGGAGCAGCGAGACGCCCAUCGCUUCGAGAAGAUCAGCAACAUUAUUAAACAGUUUAAACUGAGCUGCAGUAAAUUGGCUGCUUCCUUCCAGAGCAUGGAAGUGCGCAACUCCAACUUCGCUGCUUUCAUUGAUGUGUUCACCUCAAACACCUACGUCAUGGUGAUCAUGUCUGACCCUUCCAUACCCUCUGCUGCUACCCUCAUCAACAUUCGUAAUGCCAGGAAGCAUUUUGAGAAGCUGGAAAGGGUGGACGGCCCAAAGCACAGCUUGCACAUGCGCAUGCGUUAGACAACGAAACCUUGGUUUCUCUCCUUAGAGGGCCUGCAUGCCAGGGAAAUGGCACCCUGGGGAAUUCCUCAUAUCUGCUGACUUCACUGCAUCCAGGGUGUUUUUCUAGAGACUCUUGGCAUUUUUAGACGAGACACUUUGUCGCACCUUUUCCUCCAACGUAUGGCUGCUUGGGAUUGAUGAGGAAAUGGGUGUAAUUGUGAAAAUCUUGUUAAAUGAGUGGAUUGUUAAGCCAAAAGGAAAAAAUAAAUAAAAAAUCAUUUACAUUUUAUGGAUACAUUUAAAUGUCCCUUAACAUAUGAUCAGUGCCAUAUAGUGAGCUAAGUUGUAUAGGCUUAAACAAACAGUGAAUAGAAUCUUAUAUCGAUCAUGUUCUUUUUCUCUUUCUUUGCGUUCACUUGUGUUUGGUUUACACUGUACAAGCGCUGCUGUGCUGCAGCUUGCCACCAUAUGGUAUAUUCUGAAAAUGUUGUCUAAAGAGAACAGGACAUCAUUCUUGUUCAUUAACCAUCUCAAACGAAGCAAAAUUUUACAUCUCUCGUCUUUUUCUAUACAAAAGAUUAUUUCUCUAUGUUUAUUUCCCUAUUUAUUGUAUUGGUGAUGGCAACACAAAUAAAAGCAAAGCAAAUAAAAUCAAAGAAAGUA